AUGACUUCCUCAUUCCCUCCAAAGCCCGUCGAUCUCGACUGGCCCAACAUCGGCUUCCGCGUUCGCGAGGUCAACGGUCACAUCGAGUCGCACUACAGCAAGAAGACGGGCACAUGGAGCGAACCCGAGUUCGUGACGGACCCGUACCUUCGCAUCCAUGGCAUGGCGCCCGGGUUGAACUAUGGGAUGCAGUGCUACGAGGGCCUCAAAGCCUUCCGCGACCCGACCGACGAGCGCAUCAACAUCUUCCGGCCGUCCAUGAACGCCGAGCGAAUGCAGCACAGCGCAAGCUUCAUCAGCAUACCCGAGGUACCGGUGGAGCACUUUUUGAAGUGCUGCAGGCUGGCCGUGGGCCUCAACGCGGAGUAUGUGCCUCCCCAUGCGUCGGGUGCGGCCAUGUACAUCCGGCCGCUGCUCCUGGGAAGCAGUGCGCAGCUGGGCCUGAACCCGCCGGAAGAGUACACCUUCCUCGUAUACGUGCUGCCGACGGGCGUCUAUCACGGAACGGCGCCUGUCAAGGCCUUGAUCCUGGAGGACUUUGAUCGAGCCGCGCCAGAGGGCACGGGCAGCGCCAAGGUCGGCGGCAACUACGCACCCGUCCUCAGGCAUAGCGAAAAGGCGUACAAGGAGGGCUACGGCAUCACGCUGCACCUGGACAGCAAGACGAGGUCCGAGAUCGACGAGUUCUCGACCUCCGGCUUCAUCGGCGUCAAGAAGGACGGCGAGAGCUACACCGUCGUCGUUCCGGACAGCAAGAACGUGAUCAAGAGCGUCACGUCCGACAGCGUGUGCGAGAUCGCCAAGAGCUUCGGCUGGAAGGUGGAGAAGCGAGCGAUCAAGUACGAGGAGCUCCCUUCCUUCGACGAGGUCAUGGCCGCAGGCACGGCGGCGGCGCUCGUGCCCAUCAAGUCCAUCACGAUGCUGUCCAGGAACGACAAGAUCGAGUACAUUCCCGAGUCAGACCAGACGCCCGGCCCGGUGUGCACAAAGCUGCUCAGCACGCUCAAAGGUAUCCAGCAAGGCAAGAUCAAGGACGCCUUCGGCUGGCUGGAUCUCGUACCGGAGCCAAAGGGAUACAAGAGCCGGGAAUCGAACGGGGUCAACGGCGGGGGUAGCGUCGAUGGCGUGAACACGCUGUGA